AUGACGGCCAUGGCUCUGUCCACCCUGUACCUCACUGUCCUGCUGCUAUCUCUGGGAAGUGGAGCGCUCACUGACGUCCCACCCAGUGGCUUGUGUUCAGCUGGAAUCCCUGGCAGCCCGGGACACAACGGGCAUCCUGGCAGAGAUGGCAGGGAUGGCAAAGAUGGACGAGACGGAGUCACAGGCUCGAAAGGAGACAGAGGAGAACCAGGUGAGCCAGUCCCUGGUCCUCCAGGUAAAGUGGGUCCUGUCGGCCCCCCUGGUCCCAGAGGGGAGAAUGGGGAAGUGGGACCACCAGGGCCUGUGACAACUGAUCCUUUGACCAAGUCCUUACUGGCAGAUGUCCACAGAAUAGCAUCCAGGCUCUCUCUGUUAGAAAAAGCUGCAAGUUUUCGUGUCUUCAGAAAGGUUGGAGUCAAGUAUUAUGCCACAGAUGGACUAGAAGACACAUUUGAUGCUGGUCUGAAGUUCUGCAGAGAUCGUGGAGGAGACGUGGUCCUCCCAAAAAGUGAAGAGGAAAAUGAAGCCGCUGCAGAGAUGUCAACACCAGGGAUGCACCAACAUGAAUGGAUUAGGGCGACAGACAGAGAAACAGAAGGAACCUUUCUGGACACAGAUGACAGCCCACUGACAUUCACAAAAUGGCAAACAGGAGAACCCAAUAACUAUAAAGGAAAAGAGGACUGUGUUUAUGUCAACAGAGCGAAUAAGCUGUGGAAUGAUUGUGUUUGUUCCGCCAAAUACCUUGUAGUGUGUGAAAUAAUUCAUUGAUGACACCAAAUGAGAGAAAAGAUGGCAAGGUCUGCAUGCAGUAGGCUAAACACGGACUAAAACACUAUCCCCAAACAAGUAGAUGCCUUUGGCAUAGAAAAUAAUCAAAAAAAGAAGGUCUUACAUUUGUUUCAUUCAUUUCACCUGCUGCAGUUGCUUAUUAGUGGUGUUUUUAAUUAAAGAUCUGACUAAUAUAAUGCUGAACCUGAUUAAUUGACUUUCCUGAUUAGAAACGAGUAUCCCUAUGCUAUGUGACAAUAAAGACUCCAAUCUAAUUUACAGUAGGCCUACAUGCGAGUAUAUGCCCUUUGAAAUACCAAAUGUUCACCAGGUGAUGGCAGUGUUGCCUUAACGGCCUUGUGUUUUUCCUCACGUCCACAAUGCAAUAAAUGACAGAA